CACGGUGGUCUUCAGGCGGGACAAGGCGGCCGCAGGGCCAACAGCGUGGUCAGGGACCGCAGUGCACCACGCAAGACACGGGGACUUCAUCAUCUGCAAUGGGGGAGGGGGGGGGAGGCGGUGUCAGGGCAAGUAACGACUAAAAUGACGGGUGGUGCAGGUGGUUCGGGGGGCGGCGAUUUCAUACCUGCGACCAAUGCACAAAUGUCAUUGGAUGAACUGCGCACCAAGUCCAGAGUGUGGCGUCAUGUGACGCAGGGUCAAAGGAUGGGGACGUGGGAGAAGAGGCAUGGGGACUACAAGCUGCGCUACAAUUAUUGCAAACACGUGUGGCAGGGCAAUGUGUCGAAGGCUCAGCGCCACUUCACGCAGUUGAAGAGGUGCGCGACAGCGACGAUGGACGUGUUUGUCGAUAUUUGGAACCACACAGACUACGAGUUCAAUGCACGUCAUCACCGCGGUAUCUUGGCAUACAUGAGGGAGCAUGAUAUCGCGGAUAGACGAGCUGUUGACGACACUCGACUCAUUUGCAGGGGCAAGACGAGUGGGAGGGAGUCGCAACCACAUGAGCGUGAUUUUGUGGAGGAGGUGCAGGACUUCCUUGACAAGGAGGCCAGGCGAGCAGAGGUCAGGGGCGGAGAGGAGGAUAGAGGGACAUGGACAGCACCAGAUUUACCGGGAGAGGAGGUGGUUAUGACUACGCGAGGGAGUGGGGCCGCAGACCAUCGCAAGGGGGACGCACAGGGGCGAGCCGGGAAGAGGCCUGUUGAGAGUGGAGUUGAGGGCGUGCCGCAGGCGUGUAAGAGACAGCGGUAGUCCAAAUUGGACGAGGUGUACGAUCCGGAUGGGCAGGCCGCCUUCAAGGACUCCUUUUUGCAG